CAUGUUGUUAACUGUUGUUUAUAGCAAUUUUAGAGAAAAAUUCUAAUUUCACGGAUUUUAUGCCUAUAAUGGAUUCACACGCCAGAAUUAGCAUCUGAAUUGAAAUCCAGUUUAAUACGUGAUGGCCUCUUCAAUCAAACAGUUAUUAAUAGGCAGUCUUCUGUUCAGCAUUUUCGUCGGAGUCCGAGCUAAACCAAAGUACUGUAGCAAGGAGUAUUGUAGCAUUCCCGGCGCUAAGCAUGUUGCAUGUGGAAAAGAAAAGAAUUAUUUGGGCCCUAAAUGUGAAGUAGAUGCUGAGGUGGCGGAUCUUACUGACAUUAAUGAAGUUAUUGUAUUUCGCAUAAACGAAUUGCGCACAUUGGUGGCUCGCGGUGGGUUUAAUGGAUUUACAGCAGCUGCUCGUAUGGGAACCCUUACUUGGAAUAAAGAACUUGCUGAUAUUGCUGAGUACAAUGUCCGAAAAUGCUCAAUGCAUAAAGAUAGGUGUCGAAAUACAAAGAACCAUCAAAAAGUUGGUCAGUUGGUAGCUUACCGCGGUCUCAAGGGAUCCACACCGGUAAUUAUUGAUAUCUUAAAUGAUUUGUUAAAUCUUUGGUUUAGCGAACAGACAGCAACGACAAUGAACGAUAUUGCUAACUACAACGGUCCUGAUGGCAAGCCUAAGAAUGGUUUCCUGCAACUUAUUCUGGAAGGUGCCACUUCGGUUGGAUGCGCAGCUCUGCAGCAGGCAAAAAAUGGAUGGCUACAAACAUUUUUUACGUGUAAUUUUGAGAAUGCUCCCGUUGCGGGAAAACCAAUUUUUACAACAGCAAACACUGCUGGCGAAGGCUGUAUCUUGGGUAAGCACCCGAAGCAUGUGCAUCUUUGCAGCGAAAAAGAGAACUAUGGUCAGCAUUCGCCUAAACUUAAAGUUCGGAGUAAACAAGCAGAUAGCGCGCCAGCUGAAGAGUCAGCGGUAUCGCCAGCUGCAGGAGGAGAAACAACGCCAGCUGCAGGAGGAGAAACAACGCCAGCCGUAGGAGGAGAAACAACGCCAGCUACAGGAGGAGAAACAACGCCAGCUGCAGGAGGAGAAACAACGCCAGCUGCAGGAGGAGAAACAACCCCAGCUGCAGGAGGAGAAACAACGCCAGCUGCAGGAGGAGAAGCAACCCCAGCUGCAGGAGGAGAAGCAACCCCAGCUGCAGGAGGAUCAAAGGAGAAGCCAGCGGAAGGAUCUGAGGCACCGCCAACUGGAGCAUCUGACACAGGCAAUGGCCAGGAAACAACAACUAAGGCUGCGACUGAAGUUGAUGAGGAUGCAUUUACAACAAUGAAAACACCCUCACGCUUUUUACGUUUGAAAUUUAUGUUAUAUUUGCGUAAGCUUAGAAGAGCAGCAAGUCUAAUCCAACGAUAUAAUAUUGUGAUUUUGACUAAUAACUAUUUGGUGAUGGACUCCAAAGGGAACAGCCCUAGUUGAUUUUAAUUUAAUAUCAGCUCAU